AUGUCACCAAGCGAUGCUGAACUGGCCUGCGAGGCAACCCGGAUUGCUGCGCGAAACAGGACUCAUUCCCCACUCCUGGGUCUUCCGGGCGAGCUUCGCAAUAAAAUCCUCGCUUUUGCUAUCGGAGGACAUACCGUCGUCGUCGAGAUAAAGUGCUACGAUAGUACCAGCCCUUUCGAACCAAGCCCCGAUGUUCACCUUAUCUUCCGCCUCGCUAUCUCUAGCCAACCGAAACUCUCUAUGGGCGUAGAUGGCGAUGGCGAUAGCGGCAGAGACGACGUGGAUGACCUACAGCAUCAGGCGAAUAGACAAAUCACUGACACCGAGCGAGUAUCUCAAAUCUUCACCGUAACUCGCGUAUGCCGUCAACUUUACAUCGAGACUGCGCUCAUCCAGUACAAGAACAACUACUUCCACUCCAGCUCGCCUAGUGGACUUGAGGCCUUUACCAAGCAGCUCACUUUCGUCCAACGUUGUGCUAUCACUGCUAUCUCCAUCGAUGAACCGUACGUGCUUCACAGGUUCCGGACUUUUAACUACGGCGGCUCUUCCUUCAACCUCAGCCUGCCUGUACCGGACAUGCGCCAAAUACUCCCUGGUCUUCGCAAGAUCUUUGUGAAGCCUGAGGGGGUGCAGGUCUUCUCUGGCGCUACCACAGAAGACAAGCUCAUCAGGGUUAUAGCGAGGUUGGGAAUCGGCGGUGAGUGGGACAAGGGCCUAUGGAUCGGUUGCUUCGAUGUGCUCGACGAGACUGCCAUUUUGGAUGCUGCUUGUGGUUUUCUGAUCAAGCCUGCCGAAGAUGGAACAGAACUUUCGCUCUGA